AUGGCCUCCAAUUACAACAAACCCAAGAAACCCUUUUCCUCUUCUUCAUCAAAACUAUGCACCAUUCUUUUCUUCAUUGUCCUCUUCACCAUCCCAGCUCUUUUUCUCUUCCAUACAUACACCACCUCCACUUCCAUUUGCACCACUUUCCCCACCCAUCCCAAGCUGUGGUCCGGCGAUCUUCGUACCGCUCUGUUUUCAUGGAACCACCUUCCCUUUCUUCACCAUCAAGACCACCCUCGCCUCAAAAUCGCUGUGUUCUCCAAAAAAUGGCCUCUUGGCACUGUCCCCGGAGGCAUGGAACGCCAUGCCAUCACUCUACACAAAACCCUUGCCCUCCUCGGCCACCAAGUCCAUGUCUUCACCUCCCCACAAGAGCUGAUCAAACAUCAUCCUCCAAGUCCUUCGUCACCGUUCAUCCAUUUCCACGAGGGUGAGCCGGGGAUUUGGCUUUACAACAUGGCAUGGGAACAAUUUUUGGAGCAAAACCAACGUGAAAAAUUCGACGUGGUUCACUCCGAAAGUGUGGCGCUUCCUCAUUGGCUGGCCCGGGGCCUCCCAAACCUUGCAGUGUCAUGGCAUGGCAUAGCCCUAGAGAGCUUGCACUCAUACAUCUUCCAAGACUUGGCACGUAACCCUAGCACGGAGCCUAUGUCCCCAUCUUUCAACAAAAGCAUACAAGGGUCGGUUCCAAAGGUGUUGAAUGAGAUUAGGUUUUUCCAAAACUAUGCACAUCAUGUUGCUACAAGUGAUAGUUGUGGAGAGAUGCUGAGGGAUGUGUACCAAAUACCAAACAAAAGAGUCCAUGUGAUAGUCAACGGUGUAAAUGAAGCUGAGUUUGGUCAAAAUAGUAAAGUAGGACACGAGUUUAGAUCUAGAAUUGGCAUACCACAAAAUUCUAGUAAUUUAGUAUUUGGAGUGGUUGGAAGAUUAGUGAAGGACAAAGGCCAUCCUAUACUUUAUGAAGCAUUCUCUAAGCUCAUAGCUAAGUACCCUUCAAAUGUGUACUUGAUCGUGGCGGGUUCCGGGCCAUGGGAGCAAAGGUACAAAGAUUUGAAGUCUAAUCGAGUUCUAGUACUUGGUUCUAUGAGUUUGUCUAAGUUACAUGCGUUUUAUAACGCGAUUGAUAUUUUUGUGAACCCUACACUUAGACCACAAGGUAUCGAUCUGACUCUCACGGAGGCGAUGAUGAGCGGGAAGCCAAUUAUGGCAUCAAGGUUUCCAAGCAUCAAAGGUACUAUAGUUGUGGAUGAUGAAUAUGGUUUUAUGUUUUCUCCCAACGUGGAGUCGUUGUUGGAAGCUUUGGAAUUGGCUGUGAAUGAAGGGCCAAAGAGGGCAGCACAAAGAGGAAAGGCAUGCUUGGAAUAUGCAAAUUCCAUGUUUACAGCAACCAAGAUGGCAUUAGCAUACGAGAGGUUGUUUCUUUGUAUAAAAAAUGAAACAUUUUGUACCUACCCUUGA